AUGAGCGGCGUAUUUGACAUGGCCUUAGACGAAUACAACAAUACGACCAACAGAGCCAAGAACCAAAAAGCUUUGUCUCGGCGAACAGUCCGUAGUCAAGCUUUUCCAGCGGAAAGUGGUUCUUCAAAUCGAACAGGUCGUAUUCGAACCGCACCUUACAGUCGCUCGAAACUUCAUGGGGCGAUGCGGGUACAGCUACUUCUUCCGUUUCCUUUGGGCCAAAAGAUUGACGAUCGAGCUUCGCUGUUGUUCGUCAACGGAAACAUAAACAGUCAAUGGUCGCACGAUCUAUACGAAGACGGACACGCACACGGCUCACUUUCUUCUUCAAGUACUACGCGUUAUACCUCAUAUCAAAACGGAAAUUCCAAACUACUGGUGGAAAAUUUAUUUUAUGAAGUUACUCAAGAUGAUCUUCAGGAUUUAUUCUCAAAAACAGGUGCUAUAAAAAAGGUGUUUCUUCACUAUGAUCGGGCUGGACGAAGUCUUGGAGUGGCUGAUGUCAUUUUUGAAGAUCCCAAAGAUGCUGCGGCAGCCUUAAAAAAAUAUAACGGAACGAUGCUUGAAGGUCAAGAGAUGAGGAUCAAAUACGCAGCAUCUAAACCCAAUACAAAAGUGUCUAAUAUUCGUGGAUUAACAUCAAAUUCAGACCGUGGUUCUGUCUUUGAUCGUCUAGGCAAUGUUCAUAAUAGCUCCGUCAAACAAACUUCUCGUAAUGAUCUUCGUUCUCGAUUAGGCCGAGGCGUCAAUUCAUAUGGCGACGCUUCGCAUUUCGAGAGAUUUUUUGUCAAGAAUUCGGAUGGUCGACGGAAAACUUUGCAGAGAAAACCAGUUACCUACGAUGAUUUAGAUGCAGAUCUAGAUGCAUAUAUGGCUAUCGAACCUUCGGAAAAUCCAGCUGUCAACAAAAGCUCUAACAUGCUCAAGAAUGGCGAUAAAAUGGAUCUUUCCUAA